UGAGGUAACGACACGUGAUGACGCAGAGGACGUCGGCGUGCUCUGCGUGCUACUCACUCGCUCGCUCGCUCCCCCGCUCCCCCUCCCCCCAUGCAGCUCUGAGGAGGCGGCAGUAGAAGCGGCUCACGGGCAGCCCGGGGCCUAGUGGAAGGGGUCGGGCUGGCGCGGGCAAAGGGAGCCCCGUCGCCAUGGAGGGGAUGGACGUGGACCUGGAUGCCGAGCUGAUGCAGAAAUUUAGCUGCUUGGGAACCACCGACAAGGACGUGCUUAUUGGCGAGUUCCAGCGACUCCUUGGCUUCCAGCUUAGCCCGGCCGGCUGCGCCUUCUUCCUGGACAUGACAAACUGGAACUUACAGGCAGCCAUUGGAGCCUACUAUGAUUUUGAGAGUCCAAACAUCAAUGUGCCCUCUAUGUCGUUUGUUGAAGAUGUGACCAUAGGAGAAGGAGAGUCCAUUCCUCCUGAUACCCAGUUUACAAAAACAUGGAGGAUACAAAACACAGGAACAGAAGCAUGGCCUCCAGGUGUUUGUCUUAAGUAUGUCGGGGGAGACCAGUUUGGCCACGUGAACAUGGUGAUGGUUCGAUCGUUGGAGCCCCAGGAGAUUGCAGAUGUCAGUGUACAGAUGUGCAGCCCCAGUACUGCGGGCAUGUACCAGGGACAGUGGCGAAUGUGCACUGCCACGGGACUCUAUUAUGGAGACAUCAUCUGGGUGAUCCUCAGUGUGGAAGUUGGAGGACUUUUGGGAGUAACGCAGCAGCUGUCAUCGUUUGAAACAGAGUUCAACACGCAACCACAUCGCAAGGUAGAAGGAAACUUUAACCCGUUCGCCUCUCCGCAGAAGAACAGGCAACCAGACGAAAACAACUUAAAAGACCCUGGGGGUUCCGAGCUAGAUACAAUCAGCAAAAACACGUGGGGGCCUGCUCCUGACCAAAUUGAACAAGAUCAGACUGAACUGUCACAAAACUCUGUAAAUCUCUCCCCCAGCAGUCACUCGAACAACUUAUCAGUAGUGACAUACAGUAAGGUAGGUGCCCUGAGGGAACAGGAGAAUGGGGAGGUCAUGAGUCCGUGGCCUGUACUGGGAUAGUCCAUCCUUGCAGACUGUUUAGCUCCCCCUUGUGCCUUUGUCUGAUCCACUUCAGAAGGGCCUGCAAUUGACUGUUCAACUUGCUGGGUCUGCACAUUGAAUUAAAAGCAAGCUAAAAACCCAACCAUGUUCAAAUGCUUAAAAAAGCUCUGUUAAAAGUAGCCGCCUUCAUAUGUUGCAUGCUGGAUUUAAGCUAAAAUGUGGAUAGAGACGGUCUAGCCAAAUGGGUUCACCUUCUUAAAAUCUUUUUUCCCCCUUCACUGGCUUUUAAGUAAUCAUGACUUUAAAUUGCUAGGUUCACCUGUUGGCUUGUGUAUCCAGAUAUCAGCCAAUUUUUUUGGAGCCUUAAGCCUGAAAUCUACAAAGAAACUUGUUCAAUCAGUUCAUAUGCAUCAACAUAUCAUGCGAUUAUUGGUAGCUUAUUGUUCUCUCCACCUUUUGGCCAAGUCAAAUCUGAAGUUAAUCAGUAUGCUUAGUUUUUUAUUGCUGUGGGUGAUGCAUAAUUGCCAAUAGGUAUAAUUUUGAAAUAGGGUGAAUAAAAUGUGUGUGAGAGGUCAGGCAGUUGAAAAAGCAAAGCAGUUGCUGAAGCUGCUUUGGAAAUGUGAGCAUUCUGUCUUCCGUGACAUCAGUUACCCUCAUAUUGACUGAGUAAACGUGAGUCAUGAAAAAGAUAGCAUUUCUAGAUGAAAUGAGAGGUUGUGUCAUGGAACAGUUAGUCACAGAUUUAGGAAGAGGAAAGCAAGGAUUUAAUCCUAAAUAACGUCCAGAUUUUAGUGCACACUGUAUUAGUUAAAUUUUUAUAUUGCUUCACCCAGAUGGCUAGACGGUUCACAUAACUAUUGUUGAAACAUCUAGAAACAAUCCUUUACGUUCAUACAUGUGAAUGGAAAGUUGCCCAGAAAGUCCAGUACAGUUGCAUUUAAUUUCAGAAGGAAUUACUCAAAAACAAUUUGGUUAAAAGGAAGCUAAAAGGUACAGGAAGUGAUAUAAUCUUUAGGAGGCUUAGCAGUUAUUUAAAACUAUUGUCAUAGAGGCUCAGAAGAAAUAUGCAAUAUAUUUGUUGCCACAGAAUGUUGAAAGGAUGUUUUUUACAACUGGUAGACUGAAAAGUAACAGUUAAAAAGGAAGGAGGAAAUUAGAUACUGAUGUCUAAUCCAGGAGUGUCAAACGUAAGACCCGCAGGCCAGAUCUGCCCUGAAGAGCUCAGUUGUCCAGCCCCUGAGCACAUGCUAGCAAUCUGAGCCGCUGUCACAUUCCUUCCCCCUGCCACUGAAGUGACAGCAUUUCUCCCCACUUGCUGCAGCUUGCUUGCUUGCUUCUUUCCUUCCGCCCCUGCUGCUGGUAUUUCUCUCCACCACCACCACCACUCCAUCCCAUGCACUCAGAAGCCAUAGCAUUUCUCCCAUUUCCUGUGAAUAAUUAAGAUAGGACAAGACUUUAUUUAAUUUUAAAUUUUUAGAUUUUGCUUUACUAGCAUUGCAUUUAGGGCAGCUAAUAUUAAAAAUAAUAUAAUAAAACAGCAACAAAAAUAGCAUAAUUAAAACAUACAUUAAAAUGGCAAAGAUGAAUGAAAACAUAUUGAAGCUGAUUGGUUCAGCUUCAGACUACCAAAGUGGGUGCACAGCAGGGAACCAUGUGCCUGCUUGGGCAGGCUUCCGCACCAACGCUACACGAAAUAUGCAGUGGGGUAUGUCGAGGUUCCUACCUUGCUCAUAGAUUGACCUGUAACUGAUAGAAAUAUGUUCCUGAGGGUCUCACAGCCCUCAGGUACAUACUUCCAUGCGUUGCAGAGCGCUUCUAGGGGAAGGACCAAUGGGCGACAUUUGAUCCCCUCAUCAUUGCUUCCCCUAGAAGCAUGCUGUGACACAUGGAACUAUGUCGUGUCGCUGAGAGCUGUGUGACUCUCAGGAACAUAUUUCUACUACAUAAUUUCAGGGAAAUCUAAGAGGAAGGUAAAAGGUAAAGUUGUGCCAUUGAGUCGGUGUUGACUCAUGGUGACCACAGAGCCAUGUGGUUUUCUUUGGUAGAAUACAGGAGGGUUUUACCAUUGCCAUCUCCCCUUGGUAGAAUACAGGAGGGGAUUACUGUUGCCAUCUCCCAUGAAAUAUGAAAUGAUGCCUUUCAGCAUCUUCCUAUAUCGCUGCUGGUCUGUGAAACAUACCAGUGGGGAUUUGAACCAGCAACCUCUUGCUUCCUAGGCAAUAACUUCCCCACUGCGCCAUUAGGUGGCCUAAGGGGAAGGUAGGAACCCCAAAAUUAGUUCACUCCACUGCAUGCUGGGCAAUGUGCAACUAGUUCCAGUCCUCUGAAGCAGGCGUCCCGCUCAUGUUACACACCUGCUUCAGUAGUCUGGAUCUGAGCCAGAGUUACAAAAUAACAUGAAAACCAACUCACAUUUUAAAACAUCAGAGCAAAUUAAAAAGCCUCCCUUGAUAGAUCAUCCUACAAAUAGGAUGCCAUAACUGAGGAGGCCCUCUAGUCACUAUAUACCUAACUUGGAGGUGAAGGCACCCUGAAAAGGGCCGCUAAUGCAUUGGUAGGAAUACGUGGAAGAUGGCAAGAUACCAGGUUCUAAGCUGCAUAGGGUUUUUAAAGAUAAUUGCCAGUACUUUAAAUUGUUCUUGGAAAUGGAUUGACAGCCAGUGAAGUUGUUGCUUAGAGAGAAUUGGUAUGAACUUGGCAAAGCAAAUGUCAUCUGUCCGACCUAUUGAAUUUUUUGAGUUAGCUAGCAUAUACAUAAAGGUGAUGUGAUGGACACAUGAAAAGCUUUUGUCAAAGUCCUUCAUCAAAGAUCCCUGAAGAAGCUGGGCAGUUGUGUCAUGGAGAAGAGUUACAUGGACUGGUAAUUUAAAAACAACUGAAAAACAAGAGAGAGCCAGGCAUUCAGAAUAAUACAGUGGUCCCUCGACUUACAAACUACUCGACAUCCGAAGUUUUCGACUUACGAACGACAAAAAUGACCGGAAGUCGUUGCCGGUUUAGAUGCGGCUUCCUCGACUUACGAAUUUUUAGAUGCGGUUUCCUCGACUUACAAAUGUUUCCAGACCUCCGUGGGUGUGCUUUUCGACUUAAGAAAAUUUCGACCUACGAACGUGCGUUCGGAAUGGAUUAACUUUGUAAAUCGAGGGACCACUGUAUUAAGCCAGCUACUGGUACUACUUAACUUACUCAUAAGUGAUUUGAUGUUGAGGCGAACAGUGAAGUAGUCAAGAUUGCAGAUUACAUCAAAUUAUUCAGGAUGCUGAAAUUCCAAACACAAUGCGAAGAGCUCAAAAAGUCACUUAACAGAAUAGCAGUUAAGAUUUUUGAUAUGAAUGCAAAGUGAUGUACAUGGUGACACACAUUUCUAAUAUCACAUGCUGACACAAUCUACAUUGGCUGUGAUUAUUCGUGAAAGAUCUUGGAAUCAUAGUGGAAAGCUCAGUGAAAACAUCAGCUUAUGGUGCUGCAGCUGUGAACAAGGCAAAUUCAGUGUUAGGAAUUACUUUGGAAAGAGAUAAAAAUUAAGGGUAUGGUGCAUUUACAUUUAGAAUACUAUGUAUUCUGGUUGUUCAUCCCAUAAAUGAUAUCAUAGAAUAAGAGAAACUGCAGAAAAGGUAACUCCAAAUCACCAAGGAGUAUCUUCUUUAUGUGGAAAGGCUUACAGCAUUUGACACUUUUUAAUUUUGAAAAGAAGAGGUGUAACAUUUUAUAAAAUUAUGUACAGUCUGGAAAAGAAAUACAAGCUUCUUUUCUUCUUGAAAUUCUAGAACUUGAAGUGAGCAUCCUAUGAAAUCAGUGUGCAGUAGGUGCAAGACAGACAAACAGAACUACUUUACGAAACAUUUAUUUAAUAUACGAAGUUAAUUACCACAUGGCCACUGGCUUAGAUGGGUUUUGGUUUUUUCCAGAAUUCAUGAAGGGUAGAUCUACUGACUACAUCAUAAUUCAGCUGUUUUGCAAACAACCCAGACUAGAGGACAUAGUCCAUCACUUGAAGAUGAGAGUAUUCUUUUGAUAAGGCCUUGGGCAGGAGUAGGCAGCUUUUUUAAAAAGAGAGAGCGAGCCAAAAGUAGUUUGCAUGUUUUUUCUAAUAUAAAUAUUUAUAUAUUAACAUACUCUGAAUUUUUAUUGAUUGAUUGAUUUUUACAUUUAUAUCCCGCUCUUCCUCCAAGGAGCCCUGAGCAGUGUACUACAUACUUGAGUUUCUCCUCACAACAACACUGUGAAGUAGGUUAGGCCGAGAGAGAAGUGAUUGGCCCAUAGUCACCCAGCUAGUAUCAUGGCUGAAUAGGGAUCUGAACUCAGGUCUCCCUAGUCCUAGUCCAGCACUCUAACCACUACACCACUUUGGCUCCCAUGAAUGAACAUGGACAACUCCCGUCUUGCUAGCUGAAUCACUGGGGUGACCAUGGACUCUGGUAUUAGCAAUAUAAAAUGUUCAGAAGUAUAAAUGAGCCCUUAAAUGAACAGUGGUGAUGGAAAUGACACUAUUUAAGAACAAAAUGUGCAUACAUUUUGGCUAACUAAUCUUUGACAUAUUGCCAUGGAGUCUUUCAUUCAGCUAACAGAACCAGGCAGACUGUGAGCUGUAUAAUUACAAACUCUGAAUUUGUGAGGUUUAAUAUGAACUUGUUCGUUCAUUUAUAUCACCUCUUAACAUUUUGAGUUAACUUUUUAUUCUUAGAUUUUUUUUAAUUACUUAAGAAAAAUCCUUAGGUUUUUUAAUUACUAACCUGUAGUUCUUUGAUGUAGUCUCUGUUGUUCACACAUUGGGUAGUUGUGCCUGCACGGUAGCUUGUUAGAUAACCUUACAAGCUCUUUUCUCUGCUGAUUUUUGGCGGUAGUUCCCCCACUACCCUUGUGUUGCUCUCCCCUUAGUUCUUUGUCUGGGAGAAGAACUUUGUUGGUCCUGCUCUCCCCUUAGUGCUUUGUCGCCUGCCAAAUGAUCUACAGCUUGUUCAGGUGACUUGUGUUCUCUCGUCUAUACCAAAUCCCUCUGCUUUCUUAUUCCUGUCCUUUAUUCCUUCUAACUCUUUUAGUUGUUGUUCCUUUCUUUAUUCUUUUGCCAUUUGCAUGUUUAUUUCUUCUCUCAGUAUCCCUCCCCCCCCUUUCCCCGUUUUUUGCCUUUGUUUUUGUUGUGGGGGGGGGUCGGGGGAAGAGGGUUGUUCAUAUUUCACAACUUGUUUCAUAGUAUUUUCAUGAGUCCUUGCAUGGCCGCUAAGUUUACUUUUGGACGUUGUACCAUCUGCUGGGACAAACUCACUUUGACAGGCAGGUACUCUAGUUGCCUAUUGUGCCUUGGCGAGUCACACCAUGUGGACUCAUACCAGGAUUGCCUCAGUUUUACCAAACAGGCAAGAAAGAAUAGAGCCUUCGGUGUCUACUCUGGGAAGAGGCCUUAUAUGCCUCCUCGAUACCAGCAGCGAUUUCGACAGCAACCAUGGCUUCAUCAAAUGUCUUGGCAUCGAUUGAUCUCAGCCUCCAUGACUCUGGUACCAACAACUUUUUGGCAAUGACACUGGUGUUGAUGUUGGAAGCAUGACAUGUUAUUGAAGACCCGUCCCUAUCGGGGGAUAUUCAAGCCCAAUUUAGUCACACUGGACCCUUUAGUUCAGAUGUCAAUAACAUCUGUUCCAACACCGCCUCCUUCGGCUCCGCCAGUGAAGACAUUGCCACCAAGUGCUUCCAGCAAACCCAAGCACCAUAGUGAUGUCAGUGCCCAGCCAUCUAAGAAAAAGCAGUGGCCACUUCCAUCAGAUCCCUCUGCUAUGACCUCCAAGCCAAAAGUGCCUCGCCUUCCAGCAAGACAGGGGCUGCCCAGAAUUCUGAAGAAACAGUAGCGGGUGGAGAUUCCACAACCCACUCCCCUUCACGCUGACAGUCGCCAUCACAGGAUGAUGUAGGCAAACCCGACAAGGAACCUGACAUCAUACAGAUGAGGAGCCAGUUGAACCCGAUCUCCCAGGUGAGCCAGACACUCUCUACAAACCUGCCUGACCUCUCAGUCUGGAUCAUGGAGGUGCAUCCCUCGCCAGUAUUGAAUGUGACAGCCUUCACUCAGAUGAGUGGCUCUCAGAAGGUUACCAUUCUCCAGAAUGUGCUCGGGAUCAAGGACAGUUCCCAACCAGAGAUGAUGUCAUCCCCUAUCGACCUUGGGACCAAGAUCAGGACAAAAGCUAUUGCUCCACGGAACAAUAUAGACAUGAUGCUUGGGAUUAAUAUGACCUCUGCAUGCACCAUAAGCAUAGGCACUGUGACUGGUCCUGCGAGGACAGUGGCACAAUAUAUAUUAGGUCACCGUCUCCCACACACAGGGCCUCUUCUAUGCCACGGUACCAUGACAGGCAACAGAGAUUCAGCAACCUACAGCCAUAAUGACAAGUUUCCCUCCUAUCAUUGUGACUGUAGUCACAGAGUAAGAGGUUAGUCCAGAGACUGCUCAGGCUCUCGCCCUCAUCACAGAGAACCAGUCUGUGCUUAACCUCAGCCACCUCUUACCUGGUCCAAGGAACCACCCAAGCAGGAUCAAGCCUCUUCUCCACUUUGAGGUGCAUCACUUCUGAUCUUGACCUACCCACAAGAUAUUAUCAGGCAUACGCCUUCAGCUCCGCAGCUCCUGCUACACCACCUUUAGAAUAUGAUGAAGCAUCAGUUUCAGAUGCAGAGUCUGAAUCUUCCAAAGCGAGCACACACAUCCCCUUUGGAGGGCAUUCCGGGUCCAAAACUGGGAUCAACCAGGGAGGAUGUUGGUUCCCAUUCAGAAAGGGUCUUCAGAAAGGGUGACUUCACUAUGAUUGAAGAUGAAGCAGUCAUCCAAGCUGGAAGCUGACCCCAUCUUCGGGUUCUUCUAGUGAUCAUCUGUUCAUUCACACACCUGCCCUACUUCCCCUCUGCAGUCUUGUUUCAGGUUGGCGGACUCCUGAACUGAGGGGAGAGCAGGACCAACACUGGGGGAGAGGAGGAGCUACAGCCAAAAAUCAGCAGAUUAAAGAGCUUGGAAGGUUCCAGAACAAGCUACUGUGCAGCUGCAACUACCCAAUGUGUGAACGAACAGAUGACCACUAGAAGAACCCCAGUAACCAGCAAGCAACUUGUUGUUUUACCUCUUCAAAAUCAGCACAGCCUACUCUUUAGAUUACACUGUUAUCCUGGUUGCUAAGUUAAACCCUUUGCCUUUGGAGGGAAAAACCUUGGGAAGAAAGGUCUGGAGUCCAUUUUUUCAUUUGUAGAAAUAGGAAACAAACUCAGUUUCUUCCCAUUUCUCGAACCCUUUAAAUACAUUUAUAAUGUAAUAUUUGGUUCAUACAGAUAACUGCAUAAAGCAGGGAGUCUGGUAAUAAGUAUAAUUGACUCGGAGAUGGAAUUUCUUAGAGGGUUAGUGAGCACACUAUUUUCUGUAACACUCAGUUUCAGCAGACAACUCUGAUAAAACAGUAUUUCUAUUGAGUGAAUCAAUUAGUGUUUCACUCUCCUCUUUUGUAUGACUGAGUUUGAAAGGGAUGUUCAGAGUGAUUUAGUUACUUUAUCAGCAAGGAGUAUGAAUCUGGGUCUCGACCUGCCUGUCUUAAACUGCCUAUUUUAGUGCCCUUAUAGUUUGAGGGAUUCUGCAGUUAUGAUCUUAACCAAUGAAGUGCUUCAAGUUCAGAAAACGAAGGUGUGGAAUUCAUUUAGCUAGCUUCAUAAGCAGUUAUGUCUCGUCAAGUUGUAUAUUUCCAUUGCUACAGAAUGGAUGAAUGGGUACAUUGAUCAUGUAAACACAACUUGACAAACCAUUCCUGAUAAUGUUUUGUUUGAAUACAUAUUUAAAAUACUUAGACCAAUGAUGUUUGUACCAUGAGACUGAUAAGUUGCCACUCUUUUGAACUGCUUUAUACAACAGAGAAAUAAACCAGAAAGAGCUGGCAGGGCUUUGUUCAUAUUGAAAAAUAAUAGAUUACUGUUGGCUUAAGUGUGCUGGAGAAAUUAUGCAUUCCUUUUUCCUUCCUUGCUGUUACACUGGAUCAAAGUAACUUUUGAAAAUGCCUUUCAGCAUUGCCUCCUGUUGGGUCAGGUAUGUUGAGCACAGACAGUGACUCUCUGACAUUAAGACGUUUUAGUGCAGAAAAAUGGACCAUGAAGUUCUGAUCAAUUGCUUGGAAACCAAAAGGAAUAACAAAAAAGCCUGUUAAUUAAAUUGUGCUUUUUAGUCCAAAAGUGUAUUUUGCUCUUAAACGUACCAUUUAAAUUUUGGAAUUCAUUUCAGGGAGAGGAUUGGAUGACCUUUAGUUUCUUUGAACUCUAUUACAUUGUUGUGCUUAACAUUUUCUCUCUCAAAAAAGCCCACAAUCAUAUGUAAAAUAAGUGGUAUUGAUAAGUUGAAAGGUAAACUUAUACAUAGAUCAGAUUCCAAAUAUUUUCUUUUGUAUGGUAAGUAUUUACCAUAAACUCCCACUUUCCCCAAGAAUGAGAAGCCAGAAUGGCACAUUUUUUUUAAAAAAUCAUUUUUUAAAACUUUGAUGUUGCCAGGUUUCUCAGCAAGAACUGUUAGAUAUUGAAGCAUGCAUUGGCAGAAGGUUUUGCCCAAUAGGGGUGUGUGUGUGUGUGUGUGUGUGUGUGUGUGUGUGUGUGUGUGUGUGUGUGUGUAGGAAAAAGUGAAAUGUGAUUCCUGAAUAGUUAGCAGAACAAGAAUUUAGAUUUGCUCCUUGUCCACAUUUCAGUGUAAUGAAUUGCACUAAAACUAAAAGUUAACGUAUAAUUGUAUUCCUGAGCAAUUACUACUGUAUAUAGUUGUGUGUGUAGCCCUUCUUCUCUCCCUCUCUUCCUGGCUAUAUAGAUGAAUGGCUUUUGGGAAUGAGGGAGUGCCUGCCCCGAUUCUCUCCUCUCCUCCCUCUCCCCAAUAACAAGGAAGAGACAGACUCCACAAGAGUGUUGCUGGGUGGCCAGCCUGCGGCUGCUGUGCUUUUAGACUUCUGGAUAAAGGCUCUUACAGAGCAUAUAACUUGAGUUGUUGUUUUAAAAUGAUUCCCUCCUCACCCUGCAGGAGCCCAUAUGGUGGGGAAGAGCGUUGCAUGAGGAAAUGUUUUUUUAUGUCUUGCUGGAUUGGGUCCUGAGUCCGAAACAUAUGAAGCUCCCUUAUACUGAGUCAGAAAAACUCCUAUGCAUGGUUACCUGUUGGAAAGACAUUUUCUAUGUUUGCUUGUGCAUAAUCACCCCCCCCCCCCGGAAGAAAGUUUUUACUUUGAAAUGCAUCAGGAUUGUUGUGAGUGAAAAAUCAUUGUUCCACUAUUCCUCCUUUCUUUUUAUACUGAGUCAGACUAUUGGUCCAUUUUGCUCUGUAUUAUCUGCUGACAGUAACUUUACAGGAUUUAAGACAACAGUCUUUCUGAGCCCUUUCUUGUGUGGACAUUGCAGUUUUAGAGACAAACGAUCUAGACUGAAACUACAUGCCAGUGACUGCUUAAAAUAAUGUGGUGGUAAAGCAAACACUUUUGCUUUGCAUUUUCUCUUGUAAAUGCCUCUAGCCUUGAAGGUUGCGGAGGAAAGUUGUGAAAAUGUGUUUAUAGGGCUUUUAAAACGUAGAAGUGACAAGAUUUUUCCCUGCCUGUAUGCACAUUGGCUAACAUUUAAUAUAAAAUGCACACUGAAAACGUUCCUCAUGUGCAGUAGUAGGGGGUGAUAUUUGCUGAUCUCUUUCCUCUAUAUAUCCACCUUCACUACUGAAUAUAUAUCCAUGAGGGUUACAGGACGUUCAGGGGCAUAUUUUCUGGAGGCACAGGCAGCUCUCAAAAAUCCCUCUUUCUUGGUUGUUAGUAGAAUGCUUUUCAGUGUGCACAUUGUUAGUCUGGAUGUCUGCCGUUCUACUCUGCAAUUCAGCAUGCCUGUCUUAACUUACACCAUGCAAAAACAUAGCUGCUGGAAAAAUGCUAAGGACAGAACUGAGGUUUUUCCCCCUUAAAAAACAAACACUCCUGAUUGCAGAAUAGAGCAAGAUAGGGAUGUGCUGUAAUUCAAGGUGCUGAAAUGAUUCGAGUUCUUCUGACCGAAACGUUUUGGCAGUAGUGGGGGGGGGGGAGGCAGGGAGUAGGCACUUUAAAGAGAGUGAGGAACAUCUUACCUGCCCCUUCAUUGCCCCUCUGCCUCCCCAGCUCCUCUGCAUAGAUGCCAUUCACAUGAGGACAAUGCUCAUGGGAUGCUGGGAAUGGGGAACUGCCUGUUCCCAAACAGGAAGCCAUCACAUGACAUAGCUUGCAAGAAGAGAGAGUGGGGCUGUUUGUUAUGGACAGCGCUGCACUGGGGCGACAGAGUGACAGAGGGGCAGGUAAGACUUGCCUCCCUCUGUUUAAAGCACUCCCUAGCUGCCGACCCAGAUGUGCAUGAAGUGUUUCGUGCACAUCCCUAGAUCAAUAUUUGUGUUGGAAGAUUUCGUGCAGAAACCUAGCUGCUCCAUUCUUCCCCAGAGUAUGCACAGAGAAUAGUUUGCAAUAUCUUAACCCAGGAUAGAAAGUAUUCUACUGGAGAAAGGAUAGCUGGAUCAAUAUAGUGAGUGUCUUUUAAGUACAUAUUCCACUAGAAUCCUGCUUCAUUAUUAAGUAUCUGUGGUGAGCAAUUGCAGGGGUUGAGAGCCAAGUUAGUAUCCUACCCUUUCACUCACUUGGCAUGCUUUAAACCAUUGACAUUGGAACUUCUGUAUUGGUUCAUAUAUAUUUUUGGACAAAUUAGAGGGGAUCUUUGAAAUACAUGUACAUAUAUAUGAAGCUGUUUUAUGUAGAACCAGAGUUUUGAGCCAUCUAGAACAGUGUUGUCUACACAGCAGUGUUCCCUCUAAGGCGUACGCACAUGCAGACACUCCCAAGUUUUUUUUUAUGUCCGCUCAGUUAAUUUUAGAUCCUGCUCAGGUUGAAUCUGGAAGGUCCCAUUCUGAAUGCAUGUGUGCCCACACUGCCUUGAUACUGCCUCCCAGAACAAAACUCAUUCCGCACAUAGAUGGAAAAAAUUAGAACACUGCUACACAGACUGGCAACCAUUCUCCAUGGCUUCAGAUCAGACUCUCCCAGCCCUGCCUGGGGGAGGCAGGGACUUUUUUUGCAUGCAAAGCUGUACACUCCCAUUGAUCUAUAACUUUCCCCUUCUCCCCUUAAACAGUCUGUCUCUGUUCAGGACGACUGCUUGAGGACUGAUCCACGGAAAGAGCACAUAGAUCCACGGAAAGAGCAUCUUUCUAGGAUUUCACUGCUUCAGCCACUGGGGGCUGCAUGAUUGAAUUCCCAAUCAUGUUCCAUAUUAUCUGCCUGUGGAAAGCUAACAUGAGAGGGUAAAGAGGGGCUCACUUCGCCUUCUACCCAUGCUAGUUUUCUGUGUGUGGAAUAGGGCUUUUUGUAUGUAGGGAAAUGUUCAAAGGUGAUUUCUCUUACUCUCUUUCCUCCCACUCCCCCAAACCUACAUUUUGAAGGGGCACAACCUAGGAAGGCAGUACCACAUGCCUUUUCUGAACAUGUGCAUAAAUGUUCAGUUAACUGGAAGAAGAGAAUGUAUGAAUUGUGGGAAAGGGUUUUGAGAUACUGCAUUAUAUUUGUUUAGCAUUCUUUGAACAAAAUGCUCUGUUCUCGUUGUGUCCAGUUUACAUAAGCAAUUCAAAAGUGCCUAAGGUAGUUUAGAGAAGAAUUGACCAGGAACGGCCAGGACACAUUGAGGAAGAGGGGGAUUAUGAUGCUGCCAUCAGUGUACACUGGGAGACUUGUUUUGUGUUGCAGCCGUGCAUCAAAAGCUAUUUUUAAAAAAUGAACGUGUAUUUCUGUUUACUCAACACCACCGCAAAUAAAAAUGAAAUAAAGCCUGUGCUGUUAAA